AUGUUCCGAGCAACCAUCGCAAAGAAGCCCCGCAUCGCCUUCGCGAACCGAGCUGCCUUCAGCACCACCGCCCGAGCCAUGACCGAGGGCGCGACCGGAGCUCCUCCCAAGACUGGAGGCCCUGGAGAUGCUUUCCAGCGCCGUGAGCGUGCCCAGGAGGACUACGCCAUCCGCCAACGCGAGAAGGAGAAGCUUUUGGAGCUCCGCAAGAAGCUCGAUGAGCAGCAGAUGCAUCUCAAGCAGCUCGCCGACCACAUUGACGAGAUCACCAAGGACCAGGGUGGCGAGCAGAACUAG